UAUAAUUGAUUCUAAAAUAUGUUAGUAGUAUAACAUAAAAUUCAUUUUAGAAGUGACAUAAAGGCCGGAAAAGAAUGAAGUGCGCGGCGAAUGGAAGCGGAACACGGUGCAGCAGCGCCGCAACCACCGUCUGUGCACGCUGCGAAGCCGUUGCGUAUUGCUCCCUCUCUCAUCGGAUUGCGCAUUGGAGUCAUCACAAAACAGAGUGUGAUAGGUUACAGCAACAGAUGGAGAGUCUUGCUGUUCUCAAUGAUUUUCCUUUCACUUUCUCUCGCCAAGCCACAAUUCAGGUUUGUGCAAAUCAAGAAACUCGGUGUUCAUUUUUGAGCAAGAGAGGCCUUCAUCGAGUGGGAAUGUGGAUGUGUGAAUGCCUUUGUGGAGCAUCAUCUUCUUCAUUUGAUCUCUUAGGGUUAAACAAUGGCUGGGACCUUCCAAGUGCUUUGUGUCCUUGUCGUGGUCCUGAAGCUCUUGUUUCAGAGCGGUUGUGUAGUUGGAGAGACUACUUUAAGUGGAGGUCAAUCCAGUUUGACUCACCUGUUGCUUUGCUUCUUCACUGGCCUCUUACCAUAUAUCAUGCUGCUCAACUUGUUGGAAUUACAACCUUGAAUCUUGAAGUCAGUGAUAAGUUGCACAUACAUUACCUUGGGCCUGAGAAGGAGCUGCUACAACUUGCUGUGUUUGGAGAAUUACAAGCUCUCUUCCCUGGUGUACAUAUUCAUAUAGAACUUGUUGGACCUGCAAUUCCCCCGCAAAGGGAUGGCGAAAAAAUCAGCAUUUCUAAGUAUCCUUGUUGUAAUGAAGCCAAGUGUGUGUGCAAACUAGCUACUGAAAAUGUGAUCCUAGAGACACAAACAUGUAUGAGUUCUGCAUUGACAUUGCAGCUUUGGCGAGGAUUCUAUCACGACAGAUACAAAGAUAUUGUUAAGGGUUCCUUUCCUGACUUAAUUAUUGCUCCAAAUGGUGGUAUUGCUGCCUAUUCCAGUUGGUUACCAAGUAUUGAGUUAAUUGAAAAGAUUGAUGUCCCAGCUGUUCUUACUGAUUAUUGCGAGGAAGCCUGUCACCUUGCAGCAAGUUGCAUAAAGACUGUAACUGGACGCCCUCUUAGAUUACCUGUUCAAUUAAAUCCUUUCAGGCAGCCUAUUGCUGUGGAAGACAGCGUGUUGGUGCUUCCGUGCUACUCAAAUUGCUUUCUUUUUGGUAUGUAAAGAGUAAUGCUCUGAAUUUCUUGAGCCACUGAGGAUAAUGCCUAAUUAUAUAAUAAUGUUUCACUCCAUAAGAUAUUUAUCAAUGACUCUUACCACAUGUAAAACCAAGAAAUAGAUUAGUUGAUGGUUGGCUCUUUUUGGAAGAAGCUAUUUAGAAAUGAAGUAACUUGUAUCAGAAGCAAACAAUUGCUUUUAUCAAAAUCGAAAAUAGGAAAGAUGCAUUGAUGUCAAGGGCUUAGCUCGAUAGCAAAUUAGAUUUUAAGUACUUCUUUCUUUCUCUGUAUCUCUAUGUAUACUUGGUCAAAAGAGUAAGGAUUUGUUGCUUAUUGUGUA